GCUCCUGGACCGCCAGAAGGGGGCCAAGAUAGAGGAUGGCCGGCAGCAGUGAGAAGACCAACCGGGAGGUGGGAUCGAGGACUAGGGGGACAUUUGCCAACAAAAUAUAAGCACCGGUCAGGAGAACCACCAAGAUACCGGAGGAAGCAUGAGGAAUCAUGGAGACCUCUCAGAUGGAUAUCAAGUGAUCUAGCGCCAUUUAAUGAAGAUACCAUCCUUCACAAACUGCUCUGCAGAGCCAUUAGAAACCUAGUUAAAUGAACUGCACCAGAGACUUGCAAGAGCUUCCAGAUGGGAGAAGGGGGGGCAGGAAGAGAUCAGAACAAGGUAUUUGGACCUUCGGUAUGAAGAACUCUUUAGUGAUGGAGGUGAUUGAUGCAAGAAAGAUGAAGACAGAGGAAGAACUCACAGAAAACAUUGGGCUUCCCCUGAAUAUGCUUGAAAAACACAGCCCUUGGCCAGCCUAUGUCACAUAUAUGUCUCCAAUGGUGAAAAGACUCAUUGAGAAAAGCAAAGCUAGAGACCUGGAAUGCAAGCAAGCACUUGAGGAAAGCCAACGGACAUCCCGGCAGAGCAAGCCUUCCAGCAUCACACACCUGAAAAGGAGAAAGUCAUCUAAGUCCUCUGGAAAUAUGGUGUUGAAGGACACGAGGUCAGAGGCCAUGUUAUCGAUGUGGAGCUCGUACUCUGUACCGACUGUGGGUCCUACUGUUAUCCCGGAGCCAGUGUGCCUUCAUACGGAUUCCAGAGAAAAUCCCACUGCAAACUAUAACAAGAUCAUCUUCCCUCGAAAACCUAUGAUGAGGAUGCUUCCGUACAGCUCCCUUCUAGCCAGCAAGGAAAAACAUUCAAAUAUUUAGCAGGGAGUCCCUGCUGUCAUCCCCCCAAGAUUGUACAGCAAUUAAGCUCCAUUUGCCACAAAUUUCACUAUGUCCUUUAAAUGUGAACUUAUC